UGUUUGACAGCAUUCAGAAGGGGUUGCGCUAGGAAUCCACAGUCACUCGAAGGGGCGAUCAGAUUUAGCUCGUGCUCGCUAAAGUUAUUUCUAUUGAUCGAUUUUUGUACUGUAAUUCGUGAGGAUGGCCAUCCUGCCGGCAAGCACAGCUUCGCUUCUAGUCCUAAUCUUCAGCACAGUUUGUACGCUCAAUUUCAUAGAAGCUGCCCGGAACAACAGACAUGUAACCUGCGGAACAGUCCUCAAGCUGCUCAAUGUCGAUUACAAGGUGCGGUUACAUUCGCACGAUGUGAAAUAUGGUACGGGGUCGGGUCAACAGUCGGUGACGGCCACCGAACUGCAGGAAGACGUAAACAGCCACUGGGCAGUGAAGGCUGCGACUGGUAAACAUUGCGAACGAGGGGAACCUAUCAAAUGUGGUGACACAAUUCGUCUGCAUCAUUUAGCUACGAACAAGAACCUACAUUCACACCACUUUCAGAGUCCUCUUUCGGGCAACCAAGAAAUCUCAGCCUAUGGUGAUGAGCAAGGUGAAGGUGAUUCCGGCGAUCACUGGUUGCUGGUUUGCUCCGGAGAUAGCUGGGUACGAACUAACGCGGUUCGGUUCCAGCACCUUGACACUGACAUGUAUCUAGGCGUGUCCGGACGUACCUUUGGGCGACCCAUAAAUGGCCAGAUGGAGGUGGUUGGUCUACCGAAUGCAUACACCGGUACGGAGUGGAUUGCAGCGGAAGGAUUGUUCAUCCAUCCGACCGAAAAGGACAGCGGUUCACGGGUUCACACCGAGCUUUAAAGCCAUACGGAACAAAAAUGCAUAUUGCAUGACUAUUAUUUAUUGUGGACUUCGCAAGCCCUAGACAGAAAUCUGCCUGAUUGAACGCAACGGAACGAUUAUGUAGUUUCAUUCCGAGAUGAAAACUGUGCAAAAAUAUAACAUCGUGAUACGGAAUACCA